UAAAAUUUAAAUGGCAACUGACUUUUUAUUUGUCAUUUUAAAGCUCUCAAUUGUGUAUUUAUUUCAUACAUUUAAUAAUUAAUUGAUAACUAAAUAGUCGAUUAUAAAAAUGACAGCCACAGAGGUCCCCGAAGAAAGUGCAGAAGUGGAAAAUUCGCAAAAAGACGAUGAGGCCGAAAAACUUACCCUAACCUUAUUUAUUCAAGAAGUGGAAGAAAAAAUUGCUUUUAGACAACAAUUACGUACUGCAAAUCAAAAUGCUCCAUCUUUACGUCCAACUGAUUCACAUUUCAGCAAGCUGGACUCUAGUCUCAAGAAAAACACAGCUUUCGUUAAAAAAAUUAAAAACUUCAUGGCUAGUCAAGUUGAUGGCUAUCUUAAAGACAUGACAGGUUUAAAUUUAUCUAAAUAUAUUUCUGAAGUGGCUGCUGCAUUAGUAGAAGCCAAGUUAAAGAUGACUGAUGUUCCUGGUGCUGUGAAAUUGUGCAGUAACUUGCACCAAACUUAUUCAGAAUUUUCUCAGCACUUAUUUGAGAAUUGGCAAAAGGUCUUAUUUUUUAAAGUAGGUGAAAAAAUUCCCAAUCCCAGUAAAUUACGUGUUGAUUUAAGAUUUUAUGCUGAAUUGGUUCAGGGGGGAAUUUUUACCAACAAAAAUGCUUUUACUUUGCUAGGUUCUGUUUUAACAACAUUGAUUAACAUGGACAAAGAUGAUCAUUUCAAUGUUUCUAUUAUUUUAAGUUUUUGUAAGCAUUGUGGUGAUGAUUAUGCAGGCUUGCUUCCCAGGAAAAUGAGGGAGUUGUCUGAAAAACACAACAUGACAAUACCACGAAGUCAGUUUUUGCCACCUGAAAAGCAACAAAAUGUUAAGGUUCUACUUAAAGAUUACUAUAAUUCCUUGAGUAAACAUUUGGUUAAGGAUCAUAUAGAAAUGCAGAAUUUUGAAAAGCAAAAUAUUAGAAUUUUGCAGACUAAAGGGGAACUCAGCCAAGAAAGAAAAGAUAAAUUGGAAUCACUGCAAUCAGCUUACGAAAAACUGCUUACAAAUACUCAAAGUUUUGCUGAUAUACUUAAUGAUGAUAUGCCUGUAUUAAGAAUACAGACCCUACCUAAAACUGAAGAGAGCAUGAUAGUGACAGGUUCAGGUGUUGAUUUUGAGGAAAAUUCAGCCACAAUGGAGAAUAUUUGGUGUGACAUUGAAACGCAAAAGUUUUACUGUGAUUUACCAGAAUUACAGGCCUUUUUACCAACAGCUUUUAUUAAUAAAGCACAAACACCUCCCCCCACGGAGACAGUAUCUGAAGAGGUGCUUGAUUCUGAACUACCCAUUGAAGAACUGGAAGAUGAUGGAAAAAGUGAGGAACCUCCGGCUUUGGUGGAGGAAGAGGUGGACGACCCGGCCGCCACAAACGCCAGCAACAAAAUUGUGCUGGAAGCGUAUUUAAACAACCUGCCGAACUGCGUGAACCGCGAAAUGAUCGACAACGCGGCGAUCGACUUCUUGGUGACGCUCAACAGCAAACACAACCGCAAAAAGUUGGUUCGCGGCCUGUUCGGCGUCAACCGGACGCGUUUGGACCUGCUUCCGUUUUACGCGCGAUUCGUGGCGAUUCUACAUCCGGCUUUGCCGGAAGUCGGGAACGAGUUGUGUCAAAUGUUGCGGCAGGAUUUUAAGUACCACGUGAGAAAAAAAGAUCAAAUUAAUAUCGAGUCGAAAAUCAAGGUUGUCAGGUUCAUAGGAGAACUUGUCAAGUUUAAAUUGUACUCCAAGAUAGAGGCAUUAUAUUGCUUGAAAGUUUUGCUGCACGAUUUUAUGCAUCAUCACAUUGAAAUGGCCUGUAAUCUCCUUGAGGUAUGCGGUAGAUAUCUUUACUGCAGUCCAGAUUCUCACCAAAGGACCAAAGUUUAUUUAGAACAGAUGAUGAGGAAAAAAUCAGUAAUGGCUUUGGACUCGCGUUACGUCACGCAGAUUGAAAAUGCGUAUUAUCACGUUAAUCCACCGGAAAUUGUGACUAUUGCAAAAAAAGAGAGGCCAGUGAUGCACCAGUUUAUAAGGAAAAUACUUUACAUUGAUUUGCAGAAAAAUAAUACCGACAAAAUUAUGAGAUUAAUGAGAAAAUUGGACUGGACCAAUGAAGAAAUUUUCGAGUACGCGAUUAAGUGUCUAACAGGAGCAUACAACCUCAAAUACUUUAAUAUAAGAUGUUUGGCAAACUUAUUAGCUGGCUUGGUGGCGUACCAAGAAGAAGUUGGCACAAGAGUGGUGGAUGGUGUUUUGGAAGACAUCCGGUUGGGAAUGGAGGUUAAUCUUCCAAAAUUCAAUCAAAGAAGAGUGGCACACAUUAAAUUUUUGGGCGAACUUUACAACUACAGAAUGGUUGAAAGUUCAGAUGUUUUCAAAGUACUUUAUUCAUUAAUUACCUUUGGAGUUUCCAUGGAUCCCAAUGAUCCAUCUCCUUUAGAUCCUCCUAAUCAGCUGUUCAGGAUUAGGUUGGCUUGUGUUUUACUGGAAACAUGCGGCACAUACUUUAGCAGUGGCACUAGCAAAAGGAAAUUGGAUUACUAUCUAAUUUUUCUCCAAGCCUACUAUUGGUACAAGAAAUCUUUAUGGAAGGAAUCAUUCAAAGAAUCGUUUCCGCCUAUUUUAGAGCACAUAUUUAAAGACACCCUAACUACAUUAAGACCAAAAUUAAAACUGGUUCAAAGUUAUGAAGAGGCACAGGCUGAAGUGGAGAAUAUCAGAAAAUCACUUGGAAUAGAAAAACUUACUGCAGAAUUAAAUGAACAUAAAGAUGAGGAUGGUUUGGAAACAAUUAAUGAAACAGAUACAGAGGAACAUGAUGAUGAAGUUUCAGAUGGAAUUACAGCUCCUGUUACUGAUGAUACAGCUACAGAAGAUGAAACUGUUGAUCACACACAAGGUUCAGAUGAUGAAGGUGAGCAUUAUGUUAGUGAAUCUGAACAAGUAUCAGAAUCGUGCGCGAUUCCAAAAGGUCCUAAAAAGGUUGAUUGUGCUGAAGAUAUAGAUUUCCUGAGCGCACUGGACAAAAUGGUCUCUGAAAAUAUACAGGAACGAAUGCGGGAGCCCGUCAAAGCAGGAAAUGUAGAUAUUUCGGUUCCUGUUGUUUUAAAAUCCAAUAAGAAAACUUAUGAUCAACUGCAGGAAACUGCGGAAGCCGAAAAUAAUAAAAUAGGCUUUGUUUUGAUGGUUCGAAAAGGUAAUAAGCAGCAAUACAAGACUUUUGAAGCUGACGUGGAUUCUGAGCUGGCCCAGAAUUUGAGAGAUCAAGAGCAAGCCCAAAAAGAAGAAAAGGAAAGAGUGAAGCGAUUAACGUUAAAUAUUACGGAACGUUUGGAAGAAGAAGACUAUCAGGAGAUGAUACAACAAAAUAGACCAGUAACUCAAAAUCUGAAUAGGGAACGCAAAAAAUACCAACAUCCUAAAGGAGCACCAGAUGCAGAUUUAAUAUUUGGACCAAAAAAAGUCAGAUAAAUAACUGUUGAUUUUUGACUGGGUUAAGUUCUAAACAAGAGGAUUUUUUAAGUACAGGAGGAGUUUUACAAGAAGAUUUUAUUACACUGAAACGUGUUGGAUAAAUGUUAAAAGAGGAUUUAUAAUUAAAAUUUUAUUUUAAAAAACUUAAAGAUUAA